AUGUGUCUCGUUUCCUUUCCUGGGGAGUCUCGGCCUUUCUUUCUUUCUUUCUUUCUUUCUUUCUUUCUUUCUUUCUUUCUUUUUCCUUUCUUUCUUUCUUAUUCUAAUAUUCUUUAUUUCUUUUUAGCCUUUUUCCUUCUUUGUCAAUCGAUAUCUUUUCUUUUCUAUCUUCUUUUUUUCUUCGACAGUCUUAUUGGAAUGAUCUUUCCUUCUCUUACCCUUUGCUUUUUUUACUCGUCAAUAUUUCUUUCUUUCUUUUGUUUUCAUUUUUCCUCCUUUCUUUCUUUUUGUUUUCUACGCCAAUAUUAUUUUAAUCUUUGUUUUUUAUUUCUUUUAUUUUUCUUCAUUUUUCUGCAAUUAUGUUUUUCAUUCGCUCACAUUAUAAUUCUUUUUUCAUUCGCUUCCUGUAUUCAUAUUCAUUCUUUUUUUUUCACCUUGAAGUAUUUUUUCUCUUUAUUUUCUUUCACAAUCAACUCAUCAUUUUCUUUUUUUCUUCUUCCUGCAAGUAUUCAUUUUCGUUUUUCUUCUUUCACAUUCAGGUAUUAUUUUCUUUUUUUGUCUUUCCCAUCCAAGUAUUUUUUUUCAUUCGUCUUAUGUUUUUCUUUCACCAAGUAUACUUUUUUUCUUAUUCUUUUCCUUUUUCUUCCACCUUCAAUCAUACUUUUUCUUUUUUUUUCUUUCACAUUAAAGUAUUGUUUUUUCUUUCACCUUCAAGUAUUUUUCCUUUUUUCUUUCACCUUCAAGUAUUCUUCUUCUUUUUUCUUUCACCUUCAAGUAUUCUUUUUACUUUCGCCUUCUCUAUUCUUUUUCUUUUCUUUCACCUUCAAGUAUUCUUUUUUUUUCUUUCACCUUCAAGUAUUCUUUUUCUUUUUUCUUUCACCUUCAAGUAUUCUUUUUCCUUUUGACUUCUUAUUCUUUUUCUUUUUUCUUUCACCUUCAAGUAUUCUUUUUACUUUUGACUUCUCUAUUCUUUUUCUUUUCUUUCACCUUCUUUCUUUCGCCUUCUUGUCUGUCUCUCUUUCUUUUUUUCUUUUCUCUGUCUUUCUUUGUUUCUUUCUUUCUUUCUUUCUUCUUUUUCCCUGCUUUUCUUUCUUUCUUUCUUUCUUUCUUUCUUCUAUCUCUUUCUUUCUUCUCUCUGUCUCUCUUUCUUCUCUCUCUCUUUCUUUCUUUCUUUCUUUCUUUCUUUCUUUCUUUCUUUCUUCUCUUUCCCUCUUUUCUUUCUUUCUUUCUUUUCUUUCUUUUCUUUCUUUCUUUCUUUCUUUCUUUCUUUUUCUAUCUCUUUCUUUCUUCUCUCUGUCUCUCUUUCUUCUCUCUGUCUCUCUUUCUUCUCUCUGUCUCUCUUUCUUUCUUUCUUUCUUUCUUCUCUUUCCCUGCUUUUCUUUCUUUCUUUCUUUCUUUCUUUCUUUCUUUCUUUCUUUCUUUCUUUCUUUCUUUUUUUCUUUCUUUCUUUCUUCUAUCUCUUUCUUUUCUUCUCUCUCUCUUUCUUUUCUGUCUCUCUUUCUUUCUUUCUUUCUUUCUUUCUUUCUUCUCUUUCCCUGCUUUUUUUCUUUCUUUCUUUCUUUCUUUCUUUCUUUUUCUUUCUUUCUUUCUUUCUUUCUUUCUUUCUUCUCUCUGUCUCUCUUUCUUUCUUUCUUUCUUUCUUUCUUUCUUCUCUUUCCCUGCUUUUCUUUCUUUCUUUCUUCUAUCUCUUUCUUUCUUCUCUCUGUCUCUCUUUCUUCUCUCUGUCUCUCUUUCUUUCUUUCUUUCUUUCUUAUGCUUAUUUGUGUACGUUGGAGGGGAUGGAAAUUAUCUUUUUGUAUUUUCUUGGGAUGA